CUGAAGGGACCCAAAGUGAAGGGAGACAUGGACGUGGCUGUCCCCAAGGUGGAAGGGGACAUCAAGGGGCCGAAGGUGGACGUGGAGGUCCCGGACGUGCACCUGGAGGGGCCCGAGGCCAAACUGAAAAUGCCCAAAAUGAAAUUGCCUCAUUUCAACGUGUCCGGCCCCAAACUGGAGGGGCCCGAGGUGGACGUGACCCUGCUCAAGGGACAGGUGGACGUGUCCGGGCCCGAGGUGGACGUUGAGGGACCCGAGGUGGACAUUGGAGGAGUGGAAGGGAAGUGGAAAGGUCCCAAAUUCCGGAUGCCGAAACUCAACAUCAAAUCCCCCAAAAUCUCGAUGCCGGACGUGGAUUUGAACCUGAAGGGACCCAAAGUGAAGGGAGAGGUGGACGUGGCCCUGCCCAAGGUGGAAGGAGAUGUGAAAGUUCCAGAAAUGGACAUUAAAGGGCCGAAAGUGGACGUUGAGGUGCCCGGCGUGGCUUUGGAAAGUCCAGAGGGGAAGAUCAAAGGCCCCAAGUUCAAGAUGCCCGAGAUGCACAUCAAGACCCAGAAGAUCUCCAUGCCCGACGUGGACAUCAACCUCAAGGGCCCCAAGGUCAAGGGGGACGUGGACGUGGCAGUUCCGAAGCUCGAGGGGGAACUGAAGGGCCCCGAAAUCGACCUCAAGGGCCCCAAAGUGGACAUUGAUGCACCUGACGUCGAUAUUCAUGGCCCCGAGGGAAAGUUCAAAAUGCCCAAAUUCAAGAUGCCCAAAUUUGGGAUGCCUGGGGUCAAGGCAGAGGGCCCCGAGGUGGACGUGAACCUCCCAAAAGGAGACCUGGACGUGUCCGGCCCCAAGGUGGACGUUGAGGGUCCAGAGCUGGACGUGGAGCUGCCCGAGGGGAAGAUCAAAGGCCCCAAGUUCAAGAUGCCCGAGAUGCACAUCAAGACCCAGAAGAUCUCCAUGCCCGACGUGGACAUCAACCUCAAGGGCCCCAAGGUCAAGGGGGACGUGGACGUGGCGGUUCCGAAGCUCGAGGGGGAACUGAAGGGCCCCGAAAUCGACCUCAAGGGCCCCAAAGUGGACAUUGAGGCGCCUGACGUCGACAUUCACGGGCCUGAGGGAAAGCUCAAAAUGCCCAAAUUCAAGAUGCCCACAUUUGGUCUCCCCCCCCCCCCCCCCCCCCCCCCCGAGGUGGAUGUGAACCUCCCGAAAGGAGACCUGGACGUGUCCGGCCCCAAGGUGGACGUUGAGGGUCCAGAGGUGGACGUGGAGCUGCCCGAGGGGAAGAUCAAAGGCCCCAAGUUCAAGAUGCCCGAGAUGCAUUUCAAGACCCCCAAAAUCUCCAUGCCCGACAUCGACCUGAACCUGAAGGGGCCCAAACUGAAGGGGGACGUCGAUGUCUCUGUCCCCAAACUCGAGGGUGACCUGAAGGCCCCAGACAUCGACAUCAAAGGCCCCAAAGUCGAUGUUGAUCUCCCCGACGUGGAGCUGGAAGGGCCCGAGGGGAAGAUCAAAGGCCCCAAGUUCAAGAUGCCUGAAAUGAACAUCAAGGCCCCCAAGAUCUCCAUGCCUGACGUCAACUUCGGCCUCAAAGGCCCCAAAGUCAAAGGUGAUGCGGACCUGUCGGUGCCAAAACUGGAGGGUGACAUCAAGGGCCCUGAGCUGGACAUCAAAGGCCCCAAAGUGGACAUUGAAGCCCCCGAUGUCGACAUUCACGGCCCUGAGGGAAAAAUAAAGUUCCCCAAAUUCAAGAUGCCCAAAUUUGGGA